AUGGCUGCGUUGAAAGCAAGGGUGGCAGCGGCGAUUGGGGGCAGCAAAGCCAAAGGCGUCCCUGAGGCUGGACUGCAUCCUGCUCUUCAAGGUCUUGGACAGGUUCAGUCUUCGGGCCGUGGGAGUGAUAGAGCUCCUCCAUAUCGAUCUCAGAUUGACUCCAGCUUAUCGUCUUUGGCUGGCGCUAGGUCGUCGAUCCCUUCAGCGCGUAGUCAAGACAAUACAAGACCAAACCCCUACUUCAACGACCAACAGGCGGGUCCACCCACAGGAAGCCGGCAGCGACAGUCUCGCCCCCUUAACUUUCAUCCAAGGGGCAGAUUCAUCCAGCAGGGCAAUGCGAUGCGACGACAGGCUGCGCUGGAGGAACUGAAGAAGAAGAUCGCCGCGCAGACCAGAAAGGCUGGCAUCGACGAGGAAUUAGAUCUGGAGAAGAACCUUGUGGUUGAAGCACCUCCGGACAUCGAAUGGUUUGAUGAAGGGCUCGUCGAUGGCGGCAACUAUGACAACAUCGACGAUGAAAUUCACCUCAAGAUCACAUCGGAGGACACAAUCGUCACCGAGUACGUCCAGCAUCCCGUUGCAUUAGAGCCACCGCAAGAGCGAAACAAACCUGCACCGAAACCCAUGUUUCUUACGUCGAAGGAGAAAGCCAAAGUACGGAGGCAGGGGAGGAUGGCCGAACUGAAGGAGCAACAAGCAAAGAUCCGGCUUGGCCUUGUGCCAGCACCGCCGCCCAAGGUUAAGAAGAGCAACAUGAUGCGAGUCUAUGCAGACUCGGCAGUCAAGGACCCUACGGCGGUUGAGAAUUUAGUUAAUCGCCAGAUUGCGGAACGGCAACAGAAGCACCUGGAGGCCAAUGAGGAACGGAAGCUCACCAAGGAGGAAAAACACGACAAGCUUGCCGCCAACCAGGAGAAAGAUGCUGCCAAAGGCAUUCACGUUCUGGUGUUCAAGAUCAACAGCCUUGCGAAUGGACAGCACAGAUUCAAGAUUGGGAAGAACGCCGAGCAACACUCUCUCACUGGCGUCUGCAUCAUGCACCCAAGGAUGAACCUGGUUAUUGUCGAGGGGGGGGAGCAUAGCAUCGGAAAGUACAAGAAACUGAUGCUCAGUCGUAUCGACUGGACAGAGAACUCGCCAUCGCGCGAGGGCGCCACACGGCAACAGGCGCGAGAUUGGUUACUUCCGGAGAAUGAGAAUGGGGACUUGAGAGACAUGUCGCAAAAUGAAUGCAAGCUUGUCUUUGAAGGAGAAGAAAAGACACGGGCAUUUCGCAAAUGGGGAAGUAAGGUCUGCGAAUCUGAUGCCGAGGCCAAAGAAAUCUUAACCAGAUCGAAGAUGGACAACUUUUGGACCCUGGCGAGGACCAUGUAG